AUGGAGGGGAUUUUUCAGAUAGUGCAUUGUAGUGAAGAGAAUAAAGUUGUGUUUGCUUCUCACAUGAUGAGGGGUUCUGCUGUGAGGUGGUGGGAAAGUGCUUCGACUCUUAUGACCAAUCAAGGAGUACCUAGGGUUUGGGAGCAUUUUAAGACUACUUUUCUAAAUAAGUAUUUUCCUAGCUCUUUGAGGACUCAGAAAGAAUUCAAGUUUCAGCAGCUUAGACAGGGUACUAUGUCAAUGGCUAUGUAUGCUGAAAAGUUUGAAGAUAUGGCUGCUUAUUUUAGACAGGCCAUGUACACACCAGAUGAGAAGUGGAAGAUUGAUCAAUUCCUUUUUGGUUUAAGAGGUGAAAUUUCUCAUAGUGUUUCUCAAAGAGAAUUCACUACUUAUGCUGAAUUGCUAAGGCAAUGUUAUAUGGCUGAGAAUAGUUUGAUGAAAGUUCAAGAAGAAAGGGAUCAGUAUAGGAUUGGACAGAAGGACCAGGGAAGGCUAGGUAACCAGUUUAGGCCUAGACCUCAAUCUUUCAAAGGAAAACCAGUGCAGCAUGCAAGACCUAACCAUCCUCCGCAAUGUCAAGUAUGUAAGAAGUCUCAUUUUGGAAGAUGUGCUGGAAGUGUGGUUAGGUGUUUUACUUGUCAGAGGGAGGGACACAUGGCUAGGGAUUGUCCUCAGAAUAAGAAUCAGGUGCAAGGAAGGAACAUUGGUCGAGUUUAUACUUUGGAUGCAAGGAAGGCUAAGAGCAACAAUGCUUUGAUUGCUGUGAAUGGUAGAAUUUUACAGAUUGAUCUUAUUUGUUUAACACUUAAGAAGGUUGGUGUGGUUUUGGGGAUGGACUCGCUUUCCGAUAAUUUUGUGUUUAUUGGAUGUGAAGAGAAGUUAAUCAUCAUUCCAUCUAGUGAAGUUACUCCAAAGGAUGUAUUAACUACUAUCUUGGAAGGUACAGUUGGUAUGGUUAAUUUCUUAUUUGAGAAGGAAAAGUUGGUUCUCUUGGUUCUCACCAAGGAACCUAGUGACAAUCUGAAUGUUACACAAAUUCCUAUCGUUUGUGAAUUUCCAGAAGUUUUCCCUGAGGAUGUCACUUCUCUUCCUCCUGAAAGAGAAGCGGAGUUCUCUAUUGAUAUGAUACCUGGGAUGACUCCAAUCUCUGUUUCUCUGUAUCGUAUGGCCUCACUCGAGUUGAGAGAGUUAAAGGAUCAAUUGGAAGAGUUGUUAACCAAGCAUUUCAUCCGACCUAGUGUCUCACCAUGGGGAGCUCCAGUGUUACUAGUAAAGAAGAAUGAUGGUAGUAUGCGGUUGUGUAUUGAUUAUCGCCAGUUGAAUAAAGUCACCAUUAAGAACAAGUACCCCCUGCCAAGGAUAGACAAUUUGCUAGAUCAGUUGAAAGGAGCUUGUGUGUUCUCGAAGAUUGAUUUACGAUCGGGCUAUCAUCAAAUCAGAGUUAAGAAUUCGGAUGAACCAAAGACCGCAUUUAGAACCCGAUAUGGCCAUUAUGAGUUUCUUGUAAUGCCUUUUGGUGUGACGAAUGCCCCUGCUAUUUUUAUAGACUAUAUGAAUCGGAUAUUUCAACCUUACUUGGACCAGUUCGUGUGA